CCUGCUUCCGGCCGCUGCCGCCGCCCCCGGACCAUGGCGACUUACCUGCGGCUGCGGAGCUGCCGGGCCGCGCGCCUCUGGACUCGGGGCCGCGGCUACGCUGGGGAUUCGGCGGGCCUCUCUGCGACGCUGCUGCGCACCGACGGCUUCGUGGGCGGCCGCUGGCUUCCGGCCGCCGCCGCCUUCCCGGUGCACGACCCGGCCAGCGGCGCCGAGCUGGGCAUGGUGGCCGACUGCGGGGUGCCCGAGGCCCGCGCCGCCGUGCGCACCGCCUACGAAGCUUUCUGCAGCUGGAGGGGCGUCUCGGCCAAGGAGAAAAGUUCAUUACUUCGGAAGUGGUAUGACUUAAUGAUACAAAAUAAGGAUGACCUUGCCAGGAUAAUUACAGCUGAAAGUGGUAAACCACUGAAGGAGGCCCAGGGAGAGAUUCUCUAUUCCGCCCUUUUCCUAGAGUGGUUUUCAGAGGAAGCCCGUCGUAUCUACGGAGACAUUAUCUAUACUCCGGCAAAAGAAAGGCGUGCUCUGGUCCUCAAGCAGCCGCUUGGUGUAGCUGCAGUCAUUACCCCGUGGAAUUUCCCCAGUGCCAUGAUCACCCGGAAGGUGGGAGCUGCCCUAGCAGCUGGCUGCACCGUCGUGGUGAAACCUGCCGAAGAUACACCCUUCUCUGCCCUGGCCCUGGCCGAGCUUGCAAAUCGGGCUGGAAUUCCCCCGGGUGUGUACAAUGUUAUUCCCUGCUCUCAAAAGAAGGCCAAGGAAGUAGGGGAAGCACUUUGUACUGACCCUCUAGUAUCCAAAAUUUCCUUCACUGGCUCAACAACUACUGGAAAGAUACUGUUGCACCACGCGGCAGACUCUGUGAAAAGGGUCUCCAUGGAGCUAGGUGGGCAUGCCCCAUUCAUCGUAUUUGACAGUGCCAAUGUGGACCAGGCUGUGGCAGGGGCCAUGGCAUCUAAAUUUCGGAACUCUGGACAGACUUGUGUGUGCUCAAACCGUUUCUUGGUGCAAAAGGGUAUCCAUGAUUCUUUUGUGAAAAAAUUUGCUGAGGCAAUUAAAACAAACCUGCAUGUGGGCAGUGGAUUUGAGGAGAGAACCACUCAAGGCCCAUUAAUUAAUGAAAAGGCAGUAGAAAAGGUAGAGAAACACGUGAGUGAUGCCAUUUCCAAAGGGGCCACCAUUGUGACAGGUGGGAAGCGACAUCCACUUGGAAAGAACUUCUUUGAGCCCACUCUGCUCAGCAAUGUCACCAGGGACAUGCUCUGCUCUCAUGAAGAGACUUUUGGACCUCUGGCACCAGUUAUCAAGUUCGAUACAGAGGAGGAGGCUGUGGCGAUCGCUAACGCGACUGACGUUGGGUUAGCAGGUUAUUUUUACUCUCAAGACCCAGCCCAGAUCUGGAGGGUGGCAGAGCAGCUGGAGGUCGGCAUGGUUGGCGUGAAUGAAGGGCUGAUCUCCUCCGUGGAGUGCCCCUUCGGUGGGGUGAAGCAGUCUGGCCUUGGGCGAGAGGGGUCCAGGUAUGGCAUUGAUGAGUAUCUGGAACUCAAGUAUGUGUGUUUUGGAGGCUUGUAGGAUUCUUCCUUUUUUUAAAAAAAAUAAAAAAGCAAGCUUACGUCAUAUAUGAGGCCAUUACCAUACAUUAUUUUAAAUAAACUUAGAAUUUAUUGGAAUUAAUGAUUUUUUAAAGCUCAUCCAGUACUUAUGAUCUUAGGCGCCCCUCCCCUUACCUGCCUAGGGGCCAGUACCUGUGGCUGGUCUGUGUCUGCAGAGUCCCCGAGAGCCCUCGUUGGGUUUAUAAUGAAACCCUGAAGCCCCACCACAACCCCAGGUACCUCGGGGCAAGGUGUGGAGUGAGGCCAGCCAGCCCGUGGGGCCCCGUCACCCAGGGCAGUGGCGCAGCCAUCUCCCACGUGGCUCCAGGACUUAGAUGCAGAGGGCUGCAGGGGCGUCCCCCAAGCAGGACUGGCGGGCUGGUCACAGGCACGGCACCCUGGCCACCUGCCAGCGCAGCCUGACGCUCCUCGCCAGCUAGUCAGGGAUGUUGAUACAGAGGCUGAAUCAAUCACUUUUCCAACUUCUGAAACAGCAGAGUUGCCUGUGUUUCUGUGAGGAAUGAAGGAGCCACUCUGCCUUUUUCUGGACCCAUUUUUACACUGAAGUCCUCAUCUAAAUUUACUACUAGGAAAUUAUGUUUCCAUUUCUGCCCUAUUUUCAGUUUCAUUAGUUUCCUUUGGGAAAUGAGCAUAAAGCAAAGAAGAGUAGAGGCAAGUGGGAUUUUUUUUUUUUAAUAUAUUUUAACAACAAGAAUUAGAGAAGGACCGUCAUUAGACCAGGUGUUGGCGAACUAUAGCUCACAAACCGGAUCUGGCCUGCCACCUGUUUUUUUACAACCCAAACCUGAGAAUGGUUUUUACAUUACCAAAUUGUUGGGAAAAAAUCUGAACAAUAUUUCAUGAUACAUGAAAUUCAGAUUUAAGGAUCCAUAAAUAAAUGUUUAUUGAAACAUUUAAUACCAUACCCAUUUACCAUAUGAUCUAUGGCUACUUUCUUGUCUGAGUACUUGAAAAAGGCCUACAAAGCCUAAAAUGUUUACUCCUUGGCUUUUUGCAAGUUUGCCAACCCCUAAUCUAGGCCGAGAGGGAGAUAGAUAUUAAUCUUCCUUCAUUUUUCAAGUACUAUUUUAUCUUACUAAACAUUCUAUGUAAAAAAGCAUUGCUCCAGUGAGUUCUCAUCAAGAACUUCCCAGCAACUGUCACAUAACUCAAAUGAAAUUACCCAGAUAACAGGAGCCUAUGGGCAAGAAAAUACACUUCUCAGUUUACUUUCCCAGCUGUGCAGGGGGCCUCACUUAAAGAACUCAUCUGCAUCUGUUAUCAGUAGCUCUUUGAAUCUCUUUUAAAUAUGAUUUUAUGGCAAGUAUUGUUUCCAUGUCUACCUUGAUUCUUAUGGAAAGAUUCUAUGAAAAUAAAGAUCAGAAGCAAUGCAAAUAAAUGUUCUUUGUUAACUUACAUUAUUAAAUUGUGCCACAUGACUGACUGCCUUCUCUGAAGUCAGGAGGCUGUAGUUUUACUUAUUCAUGUGCAGCUAUUUUAGAUAGCACCUUACUUGAGUGUAACUUCUAUGCUGUGAUUUUUUUUGUGCUGUGUUUUAUGUGAUAAAGUUUUAGAGUAAGUGUAGUUGGAGAUGUGGAAGUAUUUUGCUUUGAAACAUGCACGUAGCUCAUUUUUCCAGUUUUUUAUAAUUUUGUAAAUGCCUCAAUGUCUUGUCAGUAGAGUUGUAUGAGUGUGUAAUUAAUAAAUGUUGAAUUAAUGGAAUUUUCUAUUUCUGCA